AUGGGGGGCACCAAAAUCCUUGUUCUCGGUGGCACCGGCCCCUCAGGCAUCUGUCUGCUGCGAGAGCUUGUAUAUCGAAAGCACGAGACCAUAGUCUACGCCCGGAACCCUUCCAAGAUUCCUGAAGACUUAGCAUCAGAUGAGUUACUUGAAGUUAUCCAGGGCGAGAUGGACGAUCUUGACUCCCUCUCCGUGGCCAUGGCUAAAUGCCGAGUCGUCAUCUCCCUGUUGGGACCCGGAAUAGCCGAUAGAAACGGUAGUCGCAGCCUAUUUGGGGACAUCUACAAAUCAACUGUGUUUCCCCUGAUGCGCGAACAUGGAGUUGACCGCAUCUUUGCGAGUGGCACACCAUCUAUUUCUCGGCCAGAGGACCGUUGGACGCUUUUCACACUCACUGUCGUCCCUCUUGUCCGCACGUUUGCGAACUUCGCUUAUCAUAAUAUGCUGAACAUUGCAGAUGCCUUUGAGAAUCAUGCCGAUGGUCUCAAGUGGACUGUCUAUCGGAUUUCAGCGAUUCCCGGAAAUCAUGACCGAGAGAGCUGGCGAAGGGACAGAGAGGAUGGAGAGACAUUUGUUGGCUGGGUAGGAGAAGAUGGCUGGACCAUGUGGAAAAUGACCACUGGCCAAAAAGUAGCUGUCGUGGUACCAAAAAUGGAACAAUCUCCAUUGAUCAAAACCAGCGAAAUCAAAAACAUCAAAGCAACUACAAUGAACGAUUCCAAUUCCACAUCCGCCCCGACUGCGGUCGCAGAGGAUGAUGCCGAACCUGUCAUCGACCCUGAUCUUUUGCAGUCCGAGUUGGAGCUUGUGUCGUCCCUCGCCAAGCUUCAGAAAAUGGAAGAAACGAUUCAUCAACUUCGGACGCUGAUUCCGGAACGGCUUCUCGAGCCGCUGGCGCCAGUUGUCAACUCCCAGCCUGCUUCAACCUCGCCCCAGAAGCUCUUCGAGCAGCUGGCACAGGCGGCGCGUGCUAGCGUUAAUGAAGUUCGAGACUUCCAGGGCGUGUGGCGUGGAAAAGAGAUGAAGGCCGUUUGGGAGCGUGUCGACACUCUAAUCUCCGAAAACGCCGGUCAGCUCCUGCAGUCUAAUGGCAUGUGGGACGAGGACUAUGAUGUGCUGCUCGAAGAUAUUACGAAGCAAGACACCAUUAGGAAAGAGCGACAGCAAAAGGCCAAGGAGGACCAUGAACGCUCACAAUUACAAUCAGCAGAAGGAGGCUGGAAAGCGCUCGUCGAUAACUUCGCGCAGCGGAAUAUUCCAGGGGUCCGCAUUCUCCCCGGCAAGAAUGACUCAUUUUCUGUCGUACUCGCAAAGAUCGGGCUGGCCUUCAAGGUCCAUGCUCACCAUACAGACCAGGAUGGGGUUCCCAACUUUAAUGUCUCUAGCAAUUCAUCCGCAGAGCCUCCCUCAAAGCUCGAAGUUGCAAUUUUGGAUUGUCUUAAUUCUCGUUCAAGAAAAUGGGAUCUUACAUACCUUUUGGAAAUGAUCUUGUCUUAUUCAAACAUUCAAACGACCUGUACUAAAUGCGGACAAUUACAAGACAAAGCAGCUAACCUCCCGACACUCCGAUACCCAAAAUCUACUGAAUCACAAACAGAACCUCAGACGCCAACAUUUGAGGCCUAUCACGCGACGUGUGUCUGA